CUUUGAUUGUUCAUGUACACAUUUAAAACAAAGUCAUACUUGAUAAGAUGGGCGGGGUUAUCUGCCAGGCCCAGAUGGACAAUCCAGGCCACUAUUUGCGCCGCCGGUCUCCCAUUGGUCGUCAGUAUUCCCGGCCUGUGAUUGGUCGAAGUGGCGGCAGGGUACGAGGACGGAGCGGACCUGUUGUAUUGAGGCUGCAGGAGUCGAGGAUGAGGACAGUUUGAUACUACGACUAGUCACAGAAACUUCGAAACUAAAACAAAACUUUGUAUGACCUUGCAGUUUAUUGUUAUUUUUCAAAAGUUAUAUUAAAACUUAGUCCAGUUUGUUUUAAACCUGCAAACUUGUGAAAAGUGAAGGGAAAAUAUCUCUCCUGGUUUUACGGAUGAGCCUGCACUAGAUUUGUGCACCCUGAGUAAAGUUCGGCACUGCCAAAAGUCGGAGGAAAUAAGAAGAUUGAAGACUGGGAAGAAUGCCAGGAUUUCAGUAAACGAGCAGAACUACAGAAUACAAUAAUGUUGGAUACAAGUGAGAAGAUGGUGGUAGAUGAUUCCCCUUACCAACCCCAGGCUGACCCAGGACCCAUGGAAGCUCAGGAUUCACAAGACAUGAAACCUGACAUGAAGCAGAGUUUAACUUAUGAUAGUUCUACGGGGAAAAUGUACGCUGAGUUGGGAUCUACAACACAAUCUUCAAACCAGGAAUCAAACAGUAGGAAUGAGAGCAGUUAUUUCCCCAGCUAUCAAUCAGCCUACCCUGGAGCAUACUCACAGAUGCAGACUCCACAGUACAAUGGGUCUUACUCCAUCAGCUACACGACACCUUCCCCAUACGACAGAUCAUCAUAUCCUGCGUUCAGCUCUCCAGCUGCAUUUGUUCCUCACUCUGCUAUCAAUCUAUCUGUAAAGACCAACGAGGAAGGUCCACACAGUGCUGAACCAAGUCCUCAGAUACUUGACCUCACACGACCUCUCAGCUCCGGUGCAAGUCCUUCUACUGGAUUCAGCUCCGUAGCUCCACCCACCAGUGUUCCAACCUCCCAGGAUCAGACCCAGCCGCCACCGAAGGUUCAGACGGAGCCCGUUGAUUUCUCCAGUAGCCAACUCAGUCAACCUUUUGGAUCUCCGAGAGUUCUUGAACCUUCGGGGAUGUUUCCGAGAGGAUCAAUCAGUCCUUCUCAGGACUCUCUUGCUAGAUACAGGGUUGCUAACGUUUUUUUAUAUAUUUUUUAUUUCAGUAUUGACUACAGAACGGAUCCAGGACGGAGUCAGGAGUUAAAGUGUCCUACUCCGGGUUGUGAUGGAUCAGGGCAUGUUACAGGAAACUAUUCCUCUCAUCGAUCCUUGUCGGGUUGUCCUAGAGCUAACAAACCUAGAUCUAGACCUAAGGAUGGAGCUGAAUCUGAACCUUUAAGAUGUCCAGUACCCGGAUGUGACGGAUCCGGUCAUUCAACAGGGAAAUUUCUCUCACAUAGAAGUGCAUCUGGAUGCCCCCACGCGAACAGGAAUAAGACAAGAAGCAUGGAGACAUCCUUGAGUAUGGGACAGGGUCUGCUCAAGUAUGGAGGAUUGAUUAAAGCUGGGAUACCAACAUCAAUUCCUUACUCGACACAUACAAGUUUGGAAACCUCUGAGAUGAUGAGCCUGGAGGACGAGAUCUCACAUCUCCAGAAGGAAAAUUAUAGAAUAGAAGCUCAGCUUGGGAGGAUGAAAGGGGAGAUACCCGGCCUGCUGGUCGGGGAUCCAGGGGCCGGGGGACAGGAUAAGGACCCUGAGCUGAGACGGAAGAGUUCCAAGAUAUCAGAUUAUUAUGAAAACUUGAGAACAAAUGUUUUCAACAUCUUUGGCACUCAGACAUACGCAGACUCAUACUUAGGAAGUAAGCAUCCCCUGCGAAGUGUAGGGGAGGAGGGGGAGAAGUACGACAACUACCUGACCAAGCUCCAGAACAUAUGUACGGAGAAUGUCGGCGAGGAGGGGAAACCUGUUUACGAUGCUGUUAAAACUUCAAUCCAUGGUAUGCCAGUGCUACCAACCCCAACCCUCAGCUAACUUAUUACAUUCAUCCCUUACUGCAGUCAACUUGACAUAAAGCGUCAAGAAUAAUUCAACCCAAACUCUGAAUUACAGCACAAGUACUAAAUCCGAACCCAAACUCAAAAAACUAAUCUUUUAGAGAACCCCAAUCUCUGAAUGCAAACUCCAAAUUCAAUAUCCAUCCCAUUUUUUUUACUCACAACAUUCCAUAAUCUAAUGAAGGCUUUAAAUGAUAAAACCUGAGAAGAAAGACUAAAAAAUUCAAGUUUUUAACUUGUUUUUUAAUUCCUAAAAAUAUCUGACGGCAUAGUCCGAAAAAUAAAUUAUCUUUCUGCUGGCACAUAGUCCAGAAAAUAAAUUUUGAUUUUUACGAAAGCAGGGUAUUAUUAUCUACAUAUUAUAUUCAUAUUAAUAAACAUUAUCAAAAAUGUUUUUAGUCAAAUUUAUUUGAAUUUUAACCUGAAACUUAAAACAUUUUCUAGUCAAAUCUAGCAUUUAAAAAUAGUGUACAAUGUAAACAAAACCCCUUACUAAUUGUUAUUUUAUUAAUUGAUUAAAUUUAUUUACACGUUUUUUAAUCACCGUUUGAUUGUAGAUUAUUGUUAUUAAUUAAUCAUCAGUUUGUUUUCCAAACCUAGAACAUUUUAUAAACACUUUAUAUCUCUGUUAUUUUGAAUGCUUAUGUUGAAUGUAUUAUAAACUAAAAGUUAAAUGUAAACCUGUUAGAGCGAUUAUGUAAAUGCUAGAAAUAAACAAUU